CCCUGUGGCCGGGAGGGUUGCUCCACUGUCGCUGGGAGGAGUGGCGGCCGGCCGGCUUUGCUCUGCUCUGCUGUGCCCGGUUGUGUGGCCGCACCGAGGGCCGUGAUGGCGGUGCCGGGUAGCGGGGAGCUCCGGGGACGGGCGGCCUGAGGCCUGAGGCCUGGACCUGGGGCCGGGGAUGAGCAAGCAGGACGAGGCGGACCGCACCGUGUUUGUGGGGAACCUGGACGGCGGCGCCCGGGAGGAGAUCCUGUUCGAGCUCUUCCUGCAGGCAGGCCCACUAACUAAGGUGCACAUUGCCAAGGAGAAGGACGGCAGGCAGAAGACCUACGGGUUUGUCUGCUUCAAGCACACAGAGUCUGUGCCCUACGCCAUUACCCUGCUCAACGGCAUCCGGCUAUACGGUAGACCGCUGAACCUGCAAUAUCGCUCCGGGAGCUCCCACAACACUGACGCAGGUACGCCGUACCUGGGAGCGGAGAACACUCUGUGUCGAAUGCCACAGGACAACUCCAGGAACGUUCAGUUCCCCAGUGGGCCCAGUUCCUCGCUGUUUCUAACUCCACCGUAUUGUAUGAACAACAGUUACAGCCACCCUGAUCCCUACUACUGGCAAGCAAUGAUGAGCUCCUACACCCUGCAGCAGUACCACCUCAGUUCCCAGCUACUCCAGCAACAGCAGCAGCAGCAGCAGCAGCAGUACUACCCGCCGACCUCGGUGCCUCCCAUGCCCAGCUUCGGGCAUCUGCAGGACCUCGCGUCCUGGCCAUGCCCCGCCACCCCAGACAGCAGCUGGCCCCCGCCGGAGCCCGAGCCCGUGGUGGGGGGUGGGGGGGGCAGCCGCGGGCGACGGGACAGCGGAGGGGGGGGCAAGACCCUGGGCUCGGACAGCGACAGCGACGGCCGCAGCCAGCGCUUGCCGGCCUUCAGCAAGCACUCCUACAGGAAGCACAAGUCCAAGAAGAAGAAGUACUGAGGGCGGCGGGGGCAGGGGGAAGGGGUACGGAAUCCCAACUUGCCACCCCCUCCCCCGCACCGACGGAAUCCUGGCGUUCCCACCGUGUGUAUGAGGACAGGCCGUGGAGAAGUCCCCCGCACCUGGGAUGGAUCUCACACCCACCCUCGCGGUGCGGGUACGACAGGCUGGGCAGACAAAGCCCCUCCAAACUGGGGACUGAAUCCGACAGAGGAUUGGAGCUACAGACUGCUGCAGGCCCGCACACGCACGCACGCCCGCCAGCAAUGGGAACCAAGUGGCAUUGAAUGAAUUGAGGAACGCCGCACAUCCAUGAGAAUUUCUUCCCCCCCCCCCCC